UGAUCUCUCAGACCUCCUCUGCAUGCAAGCAUGCAGACCAGACAUGUAUAGUUAUAUAGCACAUUGUGCUGAGUUUAGAAAGAAGGCUGGUGAUGUGCAGAAAACAAUGCAAACUUUUCUGAGGACUCUAUCCUUUUUCCAAGUUCUGAUAUGUGUGACAAUGAAGACUUUCAAGGCUGAAAGUGUUUUUACUGGAACAGAAGGAGGCAGUGUGGAUAUCUCCUGUAAAUACGCUGAUGGAUAUCAGUAUACACCCAUGUACUUCUGUCGUGAUCCAUGCACUUCUUCUACUCAUGUCUUAAUUCGAUCUGAGACGGCUGAUAUGGUCGACUCUAAGGGAAGAUACACUGCACUAAACACUGUCUCUGCACGUCGCUUCUCUGUCACCAUCAGACACCUUACAUUAAAGGACUCUGGAGUUUAUUACUGUGGAGUGGACAAAUGGUUCUUUGACAAGUUGACUAAAGUAAAGCUUACUGUCAGUAAAGCAGUUCCGACUGUGUCUACACAUGCUCCAGUGUCCAGGCAGGAUCAAAGCCCUGAAGUUACACAGCUUCCCUGUGCUACAACAGCAAUAUCAAGUACUGCAGAUAAUUUCACCUCAUAUGAAGAAGCAACAUCCACAACUCAAACUCAACAUUCUUUAGACCCACACGUUAUUACUUUUCCAACAGGACAGCUGCUUGUUGUUUGUGGAGGGGUGCUGGGCCUAAUGCUCUGCUGUGUUCUUGCAGCUCUUGUGAUUCUUUACAGAAAGAAAUCCAGCACACACAUCACAUCUUUGAAACCACCUGCUCCUGAAAACCAAAUUUCACACCCACCACCUUAUCAGGAGGACUUUUGCCAUGUGUAUGAUGAGAUGUUGGCUGUGUAUAGUUUAGCUGGUCCAGCUACAGCAGAUGAUUCUUCAGCCACGUACAGCACCAUUCAGCUCCCCGCUCAAGCAGAUAUAGCUCCUCACUGAAAACAGUUACAGCACCCUAUAUAUGUGAGGUGCAUCAUACACAAAGGUAAAAACCAUUCUGUGCAUUUCAAAAAAAUAAGCACUCUUUGGGGGACACAAGUUUUCUUUUUAGCUGAUUACUGUCUUAUUUACACUUCUAUAUUCCACAUAUAUUUAAACAACUAGCAAGAAGUGAGACUUGACAUACUAUAUUUUCAUUAUUAAAGUUGAAAGUCUACACUUCGGUCACAUAUUGAUUGCUUCAUUUCAAAUCCAUUGUGGUGGUGUACAGGGGCAAAAUUACAAAACUUGUGUCACUGUCCAAAUACGUAUGGACCUGACUAUAUUAGCAGAAAAAAUGACAGAUUGACACAUGGCCAUUAACCCAGUCCUUUCGUGUGACAGUAAGGCUUAUUUUAUCAAGGAUCAAAAACUGUUCCCUCAUCCUUAGCCUCUUCUACAUCAAACAACUUCUUAAUUGUCUUGUACCACCUAUUUCGAUCUCCAGAUCUCAGCUGGUCUGCUUCAUCUUUGAGAUACUUCCUUUUGGUUUGUCUCACAAGAACAGUUUACUGUUGCUGCAGAAGGCCUCUUGCCUCUCAUAAAUGGCGUUCUUUAUAUAUCAUCCAUGGUUUGUCAUGGGUCCUGACUUUACUUCUUUUGUAUAUUACUGUGUUGUCACGAAUGUGUUGCAUUGUGCUAUAAAAUGUCUACUUUCUGCUGUGGCUGUGAUGUCUAUAUCAUAUACUUUGGCAAAGUCCUCCUGAUUGAGACCCCAGGAACCGCUUUGACUUGGCAGUGCAGAGAUGUCUCCUAAAACAUUUAGAUAUUUGUUUGGACCAGGAACCUGCUUACCAGAAAAUGGUCUGAUAAUCUGAUCCUCCAUGCAGAGGGAGAUGUUCAACUUCUUUGUAGAGACCACUAAUAUUUGUGAUGAUAGAAUCCAGUUGACUGACCCCACAUGUUGAGUUCUUCACAACUUGUUUUAGACUGUAUUGAUAACACAAAGAAGUGUACUUAAAAGUGUCUGUAUCUCCUAGAAUGACAAUUCCAGGAAGUAUCCACAGUAUCAUACUUAGGCACUGAUUCAAGUAUUCCGUAACUUCAGUGUCCACGAGUGACUCUCCUUGGAAGAGGAGGGGGAUAUAGAUCACAGCAAAUAUCAGACAGUUCAAACCAUGUGGGAGUCGUUAGGGUCUGAGCCAUAUCCACAGAUACUCAAAGUGACUUCCUUUCAGCUCGACCAGUCACUUUUGUGGUAUACUCCAAUUGACGUACAGAGCAUGUGUCUAAUACAUGAAAGGCUUCAUAAAUUGGAUCUCAGUAUAUUAUUCUCUGUGUCUGAUGCGGGUUUAACACAACUAAAAAAAAUCCUUACUAAGAUUCUCUUAACCAAUUAGUAGCAUUGUGCAAGUUUUUCAGCUACGUUAGGUAGCUGAAGUCAGGUAUUAUAAUCUUAUAGAUUAAGUAGCCAUGGACUCUUAUUUUUAAACAAAAUAUGACUGUAUGUGAUCAGAAUUUAAAAAAAAUUGGCAAGCAACAGAUGAAAGAAUCUCACCCUGUCAGAGUAAAUACAGUGAUGUUUAUAUAAGUGUAUGAAGAAACACUGACUUAAACAAUAAUUUCGUUUGUCUGCUUGUGGUCUUAAAUUGAAAGUUAAGUCACAAUUCCAUUCAAAUAUCUUGGUCUGAACUGUACUGCAAUUUCAGGUGUCUUCAAUCAGAUAUCACAUGAGCAAGGAUCAUUCACAAGUUAAACAAAACUUACAGUUGUGUUUCUUAUUUUCCAGUAUUGUUUAAUCAUUCGCACUUAAUGAUAUUCUUAAUUACCUGCUUAAUGAUCAAAAUGAGUACCUGAAUAAAUAAAUCAUUAAAAGAAAAAUGGCUAAUAUUACUGUGUUGAUCUUAACUGAAAACCUGCAUUCAAUGACUACCAACUGCUAUU